UUGAGUGAACAGUACAGGCUGGGCCACUCCUUGGCAGCUCCCCGGCAUGAGGUACAGCACCAUGUAACGUUUACCACUGAGGAUAGGAGACACAGUGUAUAAAUAGGCAUGUCUGAGCAGAAGCACGUUCAGCCCUGCUCUACAAGGUCAGACAUGAAUCAGGCACCGAUGUGGCAUGUGCUGGCAGCCCCAAUCUUAGUUCUCCUGAGUGGUGGUUCUUUAUCCAGGAAAGAUGAACCUUCCUGUCACCUGUGGGGAGAACCUCAAACCCCACAGCUUCAAAAGGAUGGAGACAUCAUGAUCGGAGGCGUUUUCUCAUUCCACAAAAACCAGGAAAGAGAGCUUCUAUAUUCACAGGCUCCACAACCUUUGAAAUGCACAGACUUAAACCUCAGAUCAUUUCAGUAUGCUCAGAGUAUGAUCUUUGCCAUUGAGGAGAUUAAUAACAGCACAUCUCUGCUGCCAAAUACCACUCUGGGCUAUAAGAUCUAUGACACCUGUGGUUCAGUUGCUACGGCUGUGAGGGCAGCCAUGACCCUGGCAAACGAUCACCAAGGACAAGCUUCUGAUACACUUUGUACCAAACCAUCUACAGUCCAGGCAAUUAUAGGAGAGUCCUCAUCAUCUCUCACUGUUACAAUUUCAGCAUCUAUUGGACCCUUUAAUAUACCUGUGGUAAGUCACUUUUCCACCUGUGCUUGUCUGAGUGACAAAAGGAAAUAUCCAUCAUUCCUCAGAACCAUCCCCAGUGACUACUACCAGAGCAGAGCACUGGCCAAACUGAUCAAAUACUUUGGCUGGACAUGGGUGGGUGCCAUCAGGACAGAUGAUGACUAUGGCAAUAACGGAAUGGCCACUUUUAUAGAGACCGCCCAACAUCUAGGAAUAUGCAUUGAGUACUCAGAACCUUUUUACAGAACAUACCCAAAGGAAGACGUAUUACGAAUAAUUGACACUAUUAAGAGGUCCACUUCCAGGGUUAUAGUGGGCUUCCUGUCCUACAUGGACAUGGAUGUGCUGUUGCAGGAGAUGGCUCACCACAAUCUUACAGGGUACCAAUGGAUUGGCAGUGAGGCCUGGAUCGCUGACCCAUACACAGCCACUGUCAAGGGCCACUAUGUCCUUAGUGGAGCAAUAGGAUUUUCUAUUGCAAAAGCAGAGGUGUCAGGCCUAAGAGAUUUCAUGUUGGAUGUUCUAUCAUUGAACACAUCUGGUAAUACUAUUUUUCAAGAGUUUUGGGAAGGCUUAUUUGAAUGUAAAUUUCCCAGUGACGUGGAUUCAGUCAGUGGUAAAAUAUGCACAGGCACUGAGAAUCUGAGCGGGAUUGAUAACACGUACACCGAUACUAUGCUGCUUCUGCUGGGUCUGUUACUGAUCGGACCACCAGCCCAGGCUGAGGACUCCAAGUGCACGCUGCUAGGCAGAGCGCAACUUCCAGAACUUUCCAAGGAUGGGGAUAUGCUUAUCGGAGGAAUCUUUUCAUUUCACACUGGACAAGAGGCUGACAUACAGUCCUUUACAACAAUCCCAAAACCGCUGCCAUGCAAAAAUGUAAAUUUCAGAGAAUUUCAGUUUGCUCUUACGAUGAUUUUUGCAAUAGAAGAAAUAAACAGAAAUUCUGAAAUUCUACCUCAUGCAUUCCUGGGAUACAAAAUUUAUAAUGACUGUGGCACUUCAAACAUAAUGAGAGCUGCUUUGGCUUUGGUAAAUGGCCAAGAUCAAGCAAUCCACAGCAAUAACUGCACUCAACCAGACACAGUUCAAGCUAUAAUAGGCCACUCAGGAUCAACACCUACUAUUGGAUUUGCUACAGUAAUUGGAAGGUUUCAUAUACCAGUGGUAAGCCACUUUGCCACCUGUGCAUGUCUGAGUAACAGAAAAGAGUUUCCCACCUUCUUCAGGACCAUUCCUAGUGACUAUUACCAGAGCAGAGCACUUGCCCAGUUGGUUAAACACUUUGGCUGGACCUGGGUGGGGGCUGUAAGUAGCAACAAUGACUAUGGAAUAAAUGGCAUUGCCACGUUUAUGCAAGUGGCUCAACAGGAAGGUGUGUGUGUUGAGUAUUCUGAGGCGUUUGACAGUACUGGUCCAUACAGCGUGCUUCUCAGGAUAGUCAGCGUAAUAAAACGCUCCACCUCAAAGGUCAUCAUGGCCUUUAUGACACACCGGGAAAUCAAAGUGCUGGUGGAAGAGACCGAGCGACAGAACAUUACUGACAUACAGUGGAUUGGCAGCGACGCCUGGAUCACAGACACUUCCCUUACAAACAGCAAGGGCAACAAGGCGCUCGUUGGGGCAAUAGGAUUUGUAGUCAGCAAGGCACAGAUACCUGGCCUGCAGAACUAUCUCCAGAGACUCCACCCUUCACACUUUCCUCAGAGCUCUUUCGUUAGAGAAUUCUGGGAAAUUGUGUUCAACUGCACAUUGGCCACUGGAAGCAAGAAAUACCAGAAAAGACCCUGUAAUGGCUCUGAAAAUCUAGAAAAUGUGCAGAACCAGUUCACUGACGUCAGUGACCUGCGUUUCACCAACAACGUGUACAAAGCAGUGUAUGCUGUGGCUCACGCACUACACAACCUGUACACCUAUGAGCACGGCUACGGUUUUGAUUCCAGUAGCACACUGCCGCCAUGGAAGGUUUUACACUACCUGCAAACUGUGAAUUUCACACUAGAAACAGGAGAAGAAGUACUUUUUGACAGCAACGGAGAUUCACCAGCCAGAUAUGAUUUGAUAAAUCUACAAAAUGUGGAUGAGAGCACCAUGCAGGUGGCCACAAUUGGUUACUAUGAUGCAUCGUUACCACAAGGACAACAGUUCAUCAUGAACAACACCAACAUUGUCUGGGGAGGAGGCAGCAAAGAGGUGCCAGUGUCAGUGUGCAGUGAGAGCUGUCCCCCAGGAACCCGCAAGGCCGUGCAGAAAGGAAAGCCUGUCUGCUGCUACGACUGUGUACCCUGUGCUGAGGGGGAGAUCAGCAAUGCUACAGAUUUAGUAGACUGCAUCAAGUGCCAAUCUGAAUAUUGGUCCAACAUCAGGAGAGAUGCCUGUGUUUUAAAGGAAAUUGAAUUUUUGUCUUAUGGAGACCUGAUGGGACUUCUCCUAGCAUUAUUUUCCUUAAUUGGAGCCUUUUUUACCACUGGAGUAGGACUGAUAUUUUACUAUCACAGACACACGCCCAUCGUCAGAGCCAAUAACACUGAGCUGAGCUUCCUGCUGCUCUUUUCCCUGACCCUGUGUUUCCUCUGCUCACUCACGUUCAUCGGCCGACCCUCUCACUGGUCAGCAGUGGGCUUCUGGGCUGUGCUGGGGUACAUUGGUCUCCUCUCUGCCCUGUGCUUUGUACUGGCUUUUCUGGCCAGGAAGCUGCCGGACAACUUCAAUGAAGCCAAAUUCAUCACCUUCAGCAUGCUCAUAUUCUGUGCCGUCUGGAUCACCUUUAUCCCAGCCUAUGUCAGCUCACCUGGGAAGUUCACUGUGGCCGUGGAAAUAUUUGCUAUUUUAGCAUCAAGCUCUGGUUUACUCUUCUGUAAUUUCAUACCAAAAUGUUACUUCAUAAUAUUUAAACCUGAAAAGAACACCAAAAAGGCUUUAAUGGGAAAAGCAUCCAAAUAA